CAGAUAAACCGUGGAAAUUCGCACGAACCGACAGCGACACGCGAGAACGGCGAUUUGAUCUGCUUAGAGUGAUUAAGAAAAUAGAAUAAAGGUAGAAAAUAUCAACAUGGAGGAAGGUACUAAUAAUCCGGAGACCAAGCUAGGAGGUGAAAAAAAAUCAUACGCCGGAAUACCGGAGGCAGACUUCGUGGAAGAUGUAGACGCAUUUAUGGCGAAACCAGAUAACGAAGGAUCGGUGGACAAGGUGUUGAAGAAGCUGGACGAGCAGCACAGUAAAUACAAAUUCAUGGAGUGUAAUUUAUCGAACAAACGUCGGAGGCUAAGAACGCAAAUACCGGAGUUGGAGCGGUCACUUGAAAUGAUUGAGAAGCUUCAGGCGGAGAAGAACAGCAGCCAGGAUCUAGAGACCCAGUUUUUACUGUCGGAGCAGGUCUUUGCCAGGGCCCUGGUACCGCCGACCAAUAAAGUCUGCCUCUGGCUGGGAGCCAACGUGAUGCUGGAAUACAUGCUGGAUGACGCCCAAGAGCUGCUAGUCAAAAACAUUGAGGCUGCUAAGAGAAAUCUUAGCUAUCUAGAGCACGAUUUGGACUUUUUGCGCGACCAGUUUACAACGACGGAAGUCAACAUGGCUAGGGUUUAUAAUUGGGAUGUUAAACGUAGACAGGCUAUGAAGUCGACGUGAAACUUUUUUUCUAAGAUUUGACAAAUUAAUAUCGUCGCUCCAGGAACUGAUGGUGUUGUUUGUUUUUUUUAAUUAUUUAAACUCACCUUGCUUGCACGCAACUGUGCGUUGAAAAGAACAAAUUAAAGUUAAUUCCUCGGGGGAAUUUCCAUUAACACAAAAAGUUAUCGUUAGCAUGCGAAUGUAUCAAGUCGUGGUUUCGAUUCGUUGUUUUCAUAUCUGAAGAGGACAUUUGUAACAAUUUUUGCAUAUCUAAAAAAUCAAUUUCAUGCUAAACUAACUCAAAUAUCAUGCUGCCUUUACUGCGUACACUACCGAUGCUAGGCUAUCAACAUUCGCUGUUAUUUUAAUGUUUUCAAAGAGUGCGCAAUAAUAACUCUUAUCUAAAUUUGCGUGCAACCAAAUUUAUUCAUCCGUGCGUUGAUUGCUGAAUUUUAGGUUUUGCACUAUUUUAAGCGUUACUUUAUCGAUCGUAGGCUUUUCCGAUUAUUUCAUUCCUUUUUCACAUCUGCGUAUCUCAAACUCGGUCUCCCGAAAAUUACAGCCGUAAUUAGACAAAACAGAACUUCGAGACUUCCGAGGAGGUUUAGAAAUAUCUGAGGAAACGCUUGAUUGUUGGAACAUUGUCGAUUGGUAUCUUGAAAACUGUACGCAUAAUUUAUACUUUUAACAAUUGUGUCGAUGCAAAACAUACCGCCAAUUU